AAUCAGUGUCCAAAGCAUGGGCGGAGAGAGCUGACUUACCCUCACAUGUUGUAACAAUGCUGAACAACUUUCCAUUACAUCUUCAUCCAAUGUCCCAGUUCAGUGCAGCUAUUACAGCAUGUAACACGGAAAGCAAGUUUGCCGAGGCCUACUCUAAAGGUGUUUCCAAAGCAAGUUACUGGGAGUACAUGUUUGAAGAUUCUAUGAAUUUAAUUGCAAAGUUACCACCGAUUGCUGCCACAAUCUAUCGUAACUUGUAUAGAGACGGAAGCAGUAUUGGUGCCAUAGAUAAGGAGAAAGACUGGUCGGCAAAUUUUACAUCGAUGCUUGGCUACGAUAAUCCAACGUUGACAGAAUUAAUGAGAUUGUACCUUACUAUCCAUAGUGAUCACGAAGGAGGUAAUGUCAGUGCUCACACUGUUCAUCUGAUUGGAAGUGCCCUUUCUGACCCCUACUUAGCAUUUGCAGGUGGUAUGAAUGGCCUUGCCGGGCCUCUCCAUGGACUAGCAAAUCAGGAAGUAUUGGUUUGGCUCACGAAACUGCAAAAAGAUUUGGGACCAGAUGCAAGUGAAGAACUAGUUAAAGAGUUUGUUUGGAAAACAUUAAAAUCUGGCCAGGUUGUGCCAGGUUAUGGACAUGCUGUUCUGAGGAGGACUGACCCACGUUACAUUGUUCAACGAGACUUUGCACUGAAACACCUUCCUGAAGACCCAUUGUUCAAGCUCGUUUCUCAGCUGUACAAAAUUGUCCCUCAGAUCCUGCUUGAACUGGGAAAAGUGAAGAACCCGUGGCCGAAUGUUGAUGCUCAUAGUGGAGUUCUGUUACAAUAUUUUGGAAUGACGGAAAUGCAGUUCUACACUGUUUUGUUUGGCGUGUCUCGGGCCUUGGGAACUACUGCCUCAAUGGUCUGGGACCGUGCCCUUGGCCUUCCAAUUGAACGACCCAAGUCCAUGACAACAGAAGGUUUAAUGAAGCUUGUUGGUGCUGUUUAAUCCUCUCUUUGUAGUAAAAGAUGAGAUACCUUUAAAGACUGGUUAGAUUUCUUAAUAUAUAUUUACAGUCAGCAACCUCAGAAUAGAAAUUGUGGUACUUGUAUUCUGAGUUGUAGUUUUGGGUACUUGUAUGAGUAAACAGACUUGGUAGUUGGAGUAAAAUAGAAGUUAUGUUUUUACCUCGUGUUAACCAAUCAGAAGACUAGUUACAUUUACUCUGUAGUAAACAACUUCUUUGAUAAAAGAUUAUUUUUUUAGAAAAAAGGUAGUACAGAUUGAAAAUAGUUUGUACUAAAUUGCUUUAAAGCAAAAUAUCCAGGGUUUCAGGUGACAAAUGGUGAGUUUGGCUAUGUGAUUUUAAAUUUAUAUGACCAACUUUUUUUUUUCUCUAGAACAAAAAUGUGGGAUGAAGAAUUAGAGAUAAUUACUUAUCUAAAAAUGUUUUAGAGAUUUGCAUGUUUGUUCAAAAAAAACAUUUACCACAAGAAAUUACUUAGUGUGUAAGUUAAUCAUUUCCAUAUGUUUAAAGUAUGUAUCAUGUGAUAAAUGAAAAACAUUUACCACAAGAAAUUACUUAGUGUGUAAGUUAAUCAUUUCCAUAUGUUUAAAGUAUGUAUCAUGUGAUAAAUGAAACACAUUUACCACAAGAAAUUACUUAGUGUGUAAGUUAAUCAUUUCCAUAUGUUUAAAGUAUGUAUCAUGUGAUAAAUGAAACAUCUGACUCUUCGCUUGUAAUAAGUUUUAAAUUAAUGAUUAGUUGCUUCUUGAUUUAAUUAAUAAACGAUACUAGGGAAGUUUCCCAGAUUUUUGUUAGUCUUUAAGAUGAAUUCCUGUGAGAUUUUUAGUGAGAAUAUUUGUAGAAAAAAAUCAUUAAUUAGAAUCUCAGCUUUGAUAGAAGUAAGUAAGCUCAUUAAGCUUCAUCAGUUGGUUGCAAGAUUCUGUGUUCACUGUGGUCUUAAUGUUCGGAUGAAAUAAAUCCAUAUUUUAUGGAAUUUAAAAGGUAUCCAACAAUUAUCCAAAUAUUGCUGCAAACAUAAAAAAAAUUUGGAGGUGAGAAGUUUUUGCUAAGGUUUUAAAAAAACUAAAAGGUUGUAUCAGUUCAUCAUAUUUUUCAUAAUCAGGUUUAGAUACCAAAAAACAAUAAUGUACACCUACUGCACAUUGGCCAGUAAGGACAACUGAAGGUUAUGUUACAUUACGAUGUAGGGCAGUGUUGGAAGAUUUGUUUGUUAGCUAGGAAUUUGAAGAUAGUUCUAAACAUUUGAAUGUUCAUCAGGUGCCAUUCAAGCAGUGUCAGAUUUUUUUUCUCCUUUGUUACCAGAAAAUGUUUAACAAUAUUUGAACAGUUAUCACACGUUAAAUGUCCCUCACAUGGAAAAUUCGAUCUUUGGAUUUGUAUAAUAUCUGUUACUUAUGCAGACAUUAUACCUAGCUGCCCUUCUGUGCAUUAGAGCAGGCCAUUAUUGUGAAACACAGGAGGGGGUACAUUUAGUGGCUGCAUUGCUUCAUUAAAAAGUACUAAGUGCAUAGUGUACAAGACAUAAGAGAAAUGUCAUUUCAAACAGCGAAUGCUUUUCACAGCUGUACUGUCUCUCGUUUAACUUUUUGUUAUAGUCUGAGGUCCGUAUUUACUUUUUUACCAAAGUUUUCCUGUUUUUUAAAUAAUUAUUUUCAUUAUUAUUUAUACGUUUGGCUGAAAUUUGAGGCAUAUAUUUAAUUAAUCAACAAAAAAUGUGACUGAUAAUAACACACACACACACACACACUCUUGUUUGUAACUUUCUUAUAGUUGAUAGUAUGCAAGUAUUUUCUCGUUGAACCGCUAAUGUUAUUCAGCCUUGUUUUGCUGUUUAUUUAUUAUUAUCUUGUUUAUUAGAUAUGUGUAAUUAAUCGACAGUGUUGUUAACAAAAUAAAAUGUGACUGAUAACAUUCAUUUAUUGUUGAAGCUCCAUGUUUAUUUUCUAAUCGAACUGUUAUUUAUAGUUUGCUCCAUUUGGCUGUUUAUUUAUUAUUAUUAUGUUUGUUAGGUAUGUUUAAUUAAUCAACAGUUUUAUGUUAAAAGGUCUACGAUUGUUAGCCUGCUUGGAAUGGUGAGUGUUAAGUAAAGAUUUGUUUUGCUUAAGUUAGCUGUAGUUUUUUUAAUUGGCCACAAGAGGGUACUCUUGCAGUGCAAGCUUACUGUGCUAUAAGGACAUCACACUUAGUAUAAAAUAUUUAUAUCUAAGCAAUGUACAUUUUUUAUUUAAGAUAUAAAACAUCAUUAAUGUUUUAUUUCAUUUAUGUGGUUUAAGUGUAAAAUGGAAGUUUAAAAUCAAAUAUAAACUAGUGGUUAUGGUGGCAUCAUCAGUAAAUUAAUCAAAUUAAUAUUAUCAAAAGUUCAAACUGGUGUUUGGUACUGUGUUCCAAACCUUCGAAGGUUAGAAUCCACCCCUCAUUACAGCUCUGUGAUAAUGUUUAAUUUAUUUUAUGUUAGACAUUUCAACACAUUUUUAGUCUGAUCCGUUUAUUAUUGGCCUACUAUCACAUCAGUUCUUUUUCUGUAGCACUAACUGAUAUUUAAGAGGUCUGGCUGGCAUACGUGCCCAUAAUUUUUCUAUUUUCUUGGCUGAUCUUUUAUCAGCUUUCUAUUCAUGCAAUGCAUAAAAUAUAGUAUCUGUUAUACAUAAAUUGUCUCAGUGCCCGUAUCACUCUAAACUAGUUAUAUUUGCAGAUAAUUGUAGGGAUCAAACAUCUCAUUUGUCCACAGAAUCUGUAUUGUUUUUCUCUCGGACAGGCAAACAAUUUUCAAUUUAUGAUAAAGUAAGAAAAGCAGUUGGAAAAACUGUUACAGUUUCAUUAUGAAAAUGUCUACAAAAGAAGUAGAUGUAUAGAAGGUUACGGAUAAUAACGUAUAGCGUAGAUAAUAUGUACUUCCCUUGAAGGUGUUUAUAAACAUGUUGAAAAACAUCUCUCAUCAAUAUCAUCUGAAUAAUACACUUUUAGAAUAAUGCACUCUGAUAAAAGUUUUUAUUUAUUUAGACCUGUAUUAUUGACUGUUGUCUAUAUUUUCGUAAGGUUUGUUUUAUUCUGUUUUUUACUUUCUCUAACUGAACUUUAUAUUUAGUCAUUAAUUUUAGCACCUAACUCAUGAGAACUUUAUUUUAUUUUAAUUUAUAUAUUUAUUGCUACUCCUUCACCUCCCUUUUUUUUUUGUGUGUGUGUAUUUAUUAAAUUCAAUAGUUUAACUUGAAAGAAAUAACUGAUACUUAAGUGUAGUAAAAAGUGUUCUCGUUGUUUUCUCCAAACAGUUUUCAUGUAGUUUUGCGAAAUGAUUGAGACGAGGUGUUAGUCUUACUAAUGGUAUAAUUAUUUGGACUAUUAUUCUCGUGUUUAUUCUGUGUAUUACUAUUUUCACAAUGUUUCGACCAAUGAAUUCUCUGUCUGUUGUCAUGUUUUAUAUCAGAUCUUUUCUUCCUUCUUUUUUCUAUUUUCAAGUGGUUCAAGUGCCCGUAUUCAGGAUCACAAGUUCAGGGGUUCGAAUCCUGUUAAUUUCACAAAAAGCUUUCUGGUUGCGAUGCAUACAAAAAAACCCCAAAAAAACCUGAUAUAACACCUGAUGACAACCGGAGAAUUUACUGGUCGAAACAUUGUGAAAAUAAUAAUAAUACGCAUAAUAACGUCGAGAAUAAUAGUCCGUAUGAUUAUACCAUAAGGUUUCAUGUAGUUUUCUAAGAAGUAAAAUAUAAUUCAAAACAUCAUUUUUAAACUCUCUUCAUCUUAUGAUCCAUUGAGGUUUAGAUAAUCAUUUAAAGUGUUUCCUGUUCUUUUUGUUACAUGUAUAAAUGUUGUGUUGUCCCAAGUUAAGUCAGCUGUGUAAGUUUUGUUAGCAGUUCCCUUCUUACCUCAUUAGGUUUGAAAUGACAUGUCUUUCAAUAACAAUAAUUGUGGUUUUAUAUAUUUAUAUAGAAAAAAAGUUUACACAAUCUUGUGUGCCUAUAUACCAAGAAACCCUGGAUGUAGCAUUUGUUAUCCAGUAAAGCCAUUAUGUGUGAAUGUUCUUAUUUUGACGCAUUUAUCUGGAUUGUAGACUUUAUUUUUGAUUAAAUAAAAUUAUGCCCAUUUAAUGUGGCAGUAGGUUUUUACAUA